UGUGAUAAGCCCAAGCCCUUUCCGCGGUCACUGGACACCCGUACCCGAUACUCCGUGCGCGAUACCAGACACCCGAUACCCGGCUCCCGAUUCCCGAUUCCCGAUACUCGAUUCCCCCGCAGCCCUGUGGGUGCAGGGCGUGAUUCACAGUUAAGCCUUAUAAUCGUUUUACUCGUGCGCGCACUGAUCGAUUCCACUUCGUCGAGUCGCCGAAGUUCCGAAAUUGACGGUUGUCGCCACCGCCGCCUGAUAAGGUUCAGACGCACAUCCGACCAGCCGUCAGUUGGCUUAAAAGCGUGCGAGGCGGAGCAUCGCGUAAACGGAACAGCCGAUCGAUCGACCCAGUUGCCAAAUAACCGAUUACCGAUUAGCCAAGCGGCGAAACCCAUGCUGAUUGACCAAUUCGGCUUUGAACCAUAAGUUAGACCGACUCUAUUGCUAGCAUCACAGAACCAACAAAAAUACGCGACAACAAAAUGGCAAUCAUACUGCAAGAAGCCCAGGAGUGGUAUCGGGACCUCAUGGACAAUAAGAGCGAUCCUCGCGUAAACAACUUUUUCCUGCUAUCCUCGCCACUGCCCACACUCGCUAUGUGCAUAUUCUAUGCCUACUUUAGUAAAUCUCUGGGACCAAGGCUUAUGGCCAAACGAAAACCAAUGGAGCUGCGAUCAGUGUUAGUCAUUUACAACGCGAUACAGACGAUAUUUAGCGCGUGGAUCUUCUAUGAGUACUUAAUGAGCGGAUGGUGGGGUCAUUACAGCUUAAAGUGCCAGCCCGUGGACUACAGCACUAGUGGCCUGGCUAUGCGGAUGGUGAACAUUUGCUGGUGGUACUACAUAUCGAAGUUCACAGAGUUCUUUGACACACUCUUCUUCAUUCUGCGAAAGAAGAACGAGCACGUCUCUACACUGCACGUCAUUCAUCACGGCUGCAUGCCCUUCUCUGUCUGGAUGGGUCUUAAGUUUGCACCAGGCGGUCACAGCACAUUCUUUGCCCUCCUCAACUCGUUUGUGCAUAUUGUGAUGUAUUUCUACUACAUGAUUGCCGCCAUGGGUCCGAAAUACCAAAAGUUCAUUUGGUGGAAGAAGUACCUGACCACCUUCCAAAUGGUUCAAUUCGUGGCCAUUUUCACGCACCAGUUCCAACUUCUGUUCCGCGAGUGUGACUACCCCAAGGGCUUCAUGGUUUGGAUAGGACUACACGGCGUGAUGUUCCUUUUCCUCUUCUCCGACUUCUACAAAGCCAAAUAUCUCAACGCAGCUCGACGGCGCCGGCAAGCGGUCAAGGCCAAUGGGCAUGCCAAUGGCCUGCAUUCAAAUGGGCACAGCAAGCAUGUCGGAGAGGGGGACACCCUGGUCGCCAACGGCAGCAAUACGGGGGCUUGUAUGCCUGUGAUGGAGGACGAGUAUGUCAAGAGCAACGGGCACGCGAAUGGUGCCUACAAGGACGGCUUUUUCAAGGAGGGUGUGUUAUCCAACAACGAUGCCAUCUUCAACCCGGACAGCAGUAGUUCUAGUCUGCACCAGCGCAAAGUCAAAUAA